AUGACUGAUGCAAGCCCGCCAUCUCAGCUAGAAUCCUCCAAUAAAGAUUCAGCUACUCUACCACAGAGCAAAUCAAUACAAGAUCAACCCGCACCACCAACAAUCAUAGAAUCACAGAUUCAUCUAAAUCUUGUCCCACCAUUGAACUUCUCACUAGUUGAAGAUGGUAUUUAUCGAUCUGGCUUUCCCAUGGAAAUCAACUACCCCUUUUUACAACAACUUAAUCUAAAGACAAUUAUAUACCUAGGUGACUUGGGGCAUGAAAUAUCCUCCUCUACCACCACCAAAAAGAAAAAAAAGAAGGAUAAAGACGGCUCUACUGAGAUCUUCAAUCAAUACGUCAAUUGGAUUGAGAGUCAAAAUGGGAUCACAUUCCAUAACCUCCUAAUCGAAUCAUCACAAGAGCCAUUCAACAAAUCACAAGAAAAUGAACAAAGCUUGAAAAGUUUAACCACAGCACUACAUUUAAUUCUUGAUAAAUCAAACUAUCCCAUCUUAAUCCAUUCAAAUAAAGGCAAACACCGUACUGGAUUGUUUAUUGGGUUAAUGAGAAAAUUACUUCAAGGAUGGUGUCUUUCUGGUAUAUUUGAGGAAUAUGAGAAAUUUGCCAUGGGGAAAUUUGAAUAUGAUUUGGAAUUGAUUGAAAUUUGGCAACCGGAGUUGUUGAUCGAUGAUACAAAGAAGCCAAACUUUGUACGAUUGUGA